GCACAGCACAGCACAGAGGAGCCAGCUAACCUUGGAGCCAGAGCCGGCAACUGCGCCUGCGUGCUCCGCCCGCCCCCUAACUGCUUUCCUAGGCCAAUCUCCCGUGGGCCGCUGUCGCUUAGCAACGCAUGAGUCACAAUCGAGAUUCCCCGGGCGCCCGUUUCCUGGCCGGGUUUAGUCCCUGGUCAUCCUUGAGGCUCUUCGCUGCCUCGUGUCAGGUCUUAGGAACCCAUGGAGGGAAAGGAUGAUAAGCAGCAACCACAUACAAUAGAAGAUCCUGGUAUAGUGUAUGUGACUGAAAAAAACCAAGAAUUCAAACAUGAAAAAGAACCUGCAGCAAGUACACCACGAUCAAAACCUGUCAGGAGAGGACGCGUAUAUUAUGCUAAAUUCAUUGACACAAACGCAAGAACAUACAACGAUCCAGUUCCCUACAUGGAGCCCCAGAAAGGGUCUGAAAAUCAGGGUGACUGGUGGUCAUAUGAUAAAGGACUAGAACAUCACUUCCAACCACCUUAUGAUACUAAGAGCACCCAGAGGACUGACUUUCGAAAACCAGCAUGUCCAUUGGUUUUGCCAGUCAAACACAGCAAGUUGCAAAAGCCUUCAUGUGGAAUAGUUCCACUUGCCUGUCCUGAUACAUCUGCAGAACUUCAAAAGGAUUUUACAGAAUGCAUCUCUUUUAUACAUCAAUAUGAUGCCCGGAAAACUCCCAAUGAGCCUAUCAGGGGCAAGCGACAUGGAGUCUUCAUUCAGAGAGAGAUAAAACCAGGGAGUAGGCCAAGAGUCCCUAAGGGAACAGAGGUAUCACUGAAUGCUCCAGGGUCAUGCUCAUCAGAACAGUCCAAAACAACAGAGAAAGGAAAUUCAGCAGAAAGCAGAAUGAUCUCACCGGGCCUCUGCCCCUGCCGACAAAAUCCCCAAGAGCUGUUAGAGACUAAAACUCACUUAUCAGAAACAGGCGUCAGAGAGGCAGCCAAGGCACGCCCCAGAAGUCCUGAGAGAAGGGAGAGGAUUGCAGGCGUCUUUCCAGCAGCUGCAGUUGUUUGAAAUCACCAGGCACAAUCCCUCAAGUCCACCAAUAAAAAGUAGGGAUAAAUUAUCUUCUUCAGAUAAAGAUACAAUCCUUGGAAUGUAGAGAAAUUUU